AGUGAUUAAAUAAACGAAAGUACUAAACAGCCCCUCCGCGGGAGGAGAACCGGAGGGGAACGCAGAACGGCAGAAGAGGCAGGCGUCCAGGAAAAACGGCCACAGGGACGACCCCACGCUGCCCCACCGCAAAAGCGCCUGGCAUGCAGCUGUACUGGACUGGAGUGGACUGACCGGGCAGAGAGGACCGGCCUCGCACGCCUCCCCGUACGCCCACCACCAGCCUUAUCCUGACUCCACCGAGUUCGCAUCCACAUUCUCACACUGACAGCUGGGAUCCACAUCCACCUCAAGGGUCCGGACCCACGUGUCCGCGACAGGGACGGGACCGCUGGCGACGAGGAAAUAGGCCCCCGCCCCCCCGCGCGCAGGUGAACAGCUCACCGGAGCGGGAUCCAGGCUGGCCGAGGCCAGUCUUAUACCCUAGGCCUAUGAUCCCUCGUCACCACUCAACUCCUUCCCCAUCGCGAAGAAGAAAAUCGAAAACACACCCAGCCGCCGUGCCAGCCUUUCCUCUUCCCCUUCCCCCCCCUUCCGGUCUUCGUCUCCGAUUCCGCCCGCCAUUGCCGCCUCCCAUCCGCAUUGCCACGCCUCGCAUCACCGAUUCGUCGUCGUCGUCGCAGGCAUUGCGACCUGCCUGCCUGCCGCCGUGAGCGAUGGACCCGUGCCCGUUCGUGCGGGUGCUGGUCGGCAACCUGGCGCUAAAGAUGCCGGCGUCAACAACCGCGCCACGCAGCACCGCCGCGUCCGGCUCCGGGGUGCACCCGACCACGGCGCCAUGCUACUGCCGUAUCCGGCUCAACAAGCUCCCCUACCAGACGGCCUCGGCGCCGCUGCUGCCACCCACCGAGGAAGGCCCGGCGUCGUGCACGGGCGCCUUCGCCGCCGCGUUCCACGUCUCCAAGGCCGACCUGGACCGCGCCGCCGCCAAGCCCGCGCUCCUCCUCGGCGCCCGCCUCCGCCGCCGCACCGCGCGCCUCAAGGUCGCCGUCUACGCCGGCCGCGGCGGCGGCGCGUCCUGCGGCGGAGGCGGAGGCGGGGUCAACUCCGGCAGGCUGAUCGGGAAGCUCGUCGUCCCGCUUGACCUCGGUGCUGCUAUGGCGAAGCCCGUCGUCUUCCACAGCGGAUGGGUCGCCAUCGGCAAGCGCCGCUCCGGCGGGCGUGGCAAGACCGCGGCGAGGGCGCAGCUUAACCUCACCGUCCGUGCUGAGCCGGACCCGAGGUUCGUCUUCGAGUUCGACGGCGAGCCUGAGUGUAGCCCGCAGGUGCUUCAGGUGAAGGGGAGCAUGAAGCAGCCCAUGUUCACGUGCAAGUUCUCCUGCCGCAGCAACAGCGACCUCCGCUCGCGGUCCGUGCAGUCUGAUCCGGGCACCGCGGGGCCGCGCAACUGGCUGGCCAAGUUCGGUUCCGACCGGGAGCGGGCGGGGAAGGAGCGGAAGGGGUGGUCAGUGACGGUGCACGACCUCUCAGGCUCACCGGUGGCACUCGCAUCAAUGGUGACGCCGUUCGUAGCGUCCCGAGGGACAGACCGCGUGAGCCGCUCCAACCCAGGCGGGUGGCUGAUCCUCCGCCCGGUCGACGGGACCUGGACACCAUGGGGCCGUCUGGAGUGCUGGCGCGAGCGCUCCGGCAGCGGCGGAGGGGGGGACACCCUGGGGUACCGCUUCGAGCUAGUCCCGGGCCACACGAACGCGGGCGUGUGCGUGGCGGAGUCAGGCCUCCCGGCGUCCCGCGGCGGGCGGUUCGCCAUCGACCUGACGGCGGCGCAGCCGUUCGGGUCGCCCGGGUGCAGCCCGCGUGGGAGCGGCGACUUGGGCCACUACCACGGCGGCGGGGUGUGGCCGUUCGGCACGUUCAGGGGCUUCGUGAUGUCGGCGGCUGUGCAGGGGGAAGGACGGUGCAGCAGGCCGACGGUGGAGGUCGGCGUGGGCCACGUCGGGUGCGCUGAGGAUGCCGCCGCGUUCGUGGCUCUGGCGGCCGCUGUUGACCUCAGCAUGGACGCGUGCCGGCUCUUCUCGUGUAAGCUUCGCCGGGAGCUGUCGGCGUCUCGCGCUGAGCUGGUCCGGUGACCCCUCGGGCAUUGGAGGGAGUGGAAGCUAAGUGUGGAGGACUGGAGGGAGGGGCUUGCCGGUCUGCGGGAGGGAGAGAGAGAGAGAGUGUGUGUGAUGUCGUCUGGUCGCAAAGUUUUGGGGAGGCGGUGAUCGGACGAGCUUGUUUUUUGGGCUGUUUUGGUCGAUUGUGGCUUGCCUGUAAUUUUUCGGUGAGUAGUGAUGAGUGUUGUUGGUCUUCUAGGUGCUUUUUAAAGUCUAGAAGAAGCAAUGAAACUGGGGUGAGUGGUGGGUGUUUUUGGAUUCCCAGUGUUCUUUUUUUUUUGUUUGUUUGGCCGAGGAGAAUGAACUGUUGUGCUCCUCGUCGUGCUGGCUACCGAAGUGGUAGCUACUCCAGAGCAAGGAAAGUUUGAAGGUGAAUUGGAAUUGAUGAA